GUACUACUGAUCGAGUACUUCAACACAAAAACCAUCUGUUUGAUCUUUUAGUAAAUAUGCCUGCUCGCGAGUCAAAUCAUUCACAUCCAACUUUAGUCGCAUCACCCGGAUCACAUCUGUCCACAAACAUAAAUGCUACUGAUAUUAGACGCUAUAGGGUUUUGCUCAAAAUAUUGGCAUCUUAUGGAAUAAACUAUUUAGAUGGGUAUGAGGAAGAUGGAGGAAAUUUGACUGAUACUUGGCGCAAAAUGAUGUUUGGUGGGUGGUUUUGGUGGUAUGGGAGAGAUGGGUAUCAGAAAUUAAAUGAUAAUUAUGAGGGUGAGGGUGAAGGUGAUGAAGGCGACAUGUUACUGAGUUAUCAUGACGAUCCCUCACAAGAUGGACAAAAUGUUGACGGAUCUAAAGAUGUUCCGGAAAUUGAGUCUGACGAUGAGAUAACUUUCCUUUACUCAGAUCACUUAAUUCAGCUUGGCUUAGAUCCACGUGAUGAUGGAGCAUUUGUCGAAGAGUUGGCAGAAAUGUAUUUCGGUAAAGAGGUUGAAGUUGUGGGAAAAGGUGGUAAUAUUUUAAUUCAAUCAUGUUCGGAGUUGUGUUCUUUGGAUGAG